GAUGUAAAAAAGAGAGAGACAAGUCAAGAACAGGAAUUGGUAGUGGAAACAGAAAACGAGAUUUUCCGACAAACUCCUCAGUCAUCGUAUAAAAUUACACGCGACAUUUUAUUAGCGUUACUCGCAAAAUAUUUUCUUUUAAAUUCUUUUUUUCAAAUUUAAAUCUCCAACACUACAAUUAAACUCAACAAUAAUCGAGAAAUUGAGGGAAAUUAUGAGGUAAAUCUGGACCCGAUAAAGUGGUGCAUUAAAAUUAUAAAUGCAAAAUUAGUGAUUCAAUUAAUGGGAUCUAUUUCGAAAGUAGUGCACACAAAAUAAAGUAUCUUUAAGUAGUUGCAAUUAGUGUCUAAUUAGUCAUCCAAUCAAUGUCGAUGCCUGAGAGGAGAGUUUCGCUGACAUCGAGUGCAAACCAGUACUUUAAUAACUGAGUGAAGAGGAACAUAAUUCACGGCACGAAAAUUAUCACAGCAAAUAUUCCAUUUUCUCUCUAAUUUCACAGAAAAAAAAAAGAAAAUGAAGAAUAAAAUCAAGUUUCUCUUGGAAAAAUUCCGUUCAUUGUGAACGAGAAGGAAAAAGAAACCAAACUCAGGGAACAGAGACAAUUUUUCCCCUAUUUGCAAAAUUAAAGACGAAAUUACGAAAAAAAAAUUUCAAAGACAUCAGGAAACAAAGAAAAUUGAGGGGGAAAAAAUUUGAAUUCAAGAAAAAAAUUGAAUUGAAAUAAUUUCGAUAAUAAUGGAAGAUAGACAAACGAAUUCGGUUGUUGGGGAAAAUGAAACGAAAUCACCAUCGCCGGGACCGACAGUAACGAAUACAUUAAAUACAAUGCAACCACCAAUUCUCACCGUGACAUCUGGUCGUAUUUUACGUUCGCCAAGCCACGAAAGUGUGACAACCGAUUUAUCCUUGUUUAGUGUAUCUUCAAUAGCGAGUGACGCCAAAUGUGGUAAUAGACUGGUCACCUUUAAGUCAUACAGCGAUGUGCAACUUUCAGCCAGAGACCCUUCGCCAAAUCCGGACUCUCGUCAAAUCCAGGGCAACAGGCCAGCGGACAUACCGGAAAGUAUAUGGUUCGAGGAGGAAACGGAUUUGAUUCGUAGUUGUGGUGCUCUAUCGUCGGCAUUGGGCCUGCAGAAAAGUUUCAGUACAAGCGAUGUAUCACAGCUUCCUAGUCCGGAGGCGUAUGGACCGCGUGGAUUGAGAUCAGCAGUUUCAGCUCACGCUCUUGACUUUGCACACAGAAAUAAUCUUAUUCUCGAGCACGCGGGACUUGAUCAUGCCUCGAGGUCCUGCAGUACUUGGGUUGCAGUCGGUGACGUUGCCAGUACCUCUCAAUUACCAAGUCCUCACGGUGGUUGUGAACAACCACCACUUACUGCACCUCAUCCACCGACAAUUCCAUUCACUGCUGCCGAUCUCGUUAGAUCUGUAAACAAAAAAGUCCGUCAAAAUUACAUUCGUCGACGAUUGUUAACGACUUACCGAGCACUGGAGCGCUUAUCCCAGAGUGAAUUCAAUCUCGAUAGACUGGAAGCUGCAGCAUCGGCGGCUCAAAUAGCACCUGGAGCAACUCUCGUUGUACCUGGAGCUCCUGUGGUCGCGGUCGGACGAAAGAGUAAGGAUCAUGCCCUGACGGUCAAGGACGUCGAGAGGGAAAGAGGAAAACAACUCUCCAAGUACGAGAGAAAUAUGAUGAUCUUCAAUUGGCUUCACACCCUCGACGACACGGUUGAAGAAAGCCUUCAGUAAAAGUUACUAAAAAAAUUUUCCAUUCCUUUAAUUUUUUUUGUUCCUAUUUUUUUCUAGAAAUUUUCUAAUAAUUAUACCAUAAUAAUUCUAUAAUUACCAU